UUUAACCAGUGUGCACGAUCAGUUUCUGUUAGGACGCGUCUCUCUUCUCAUCGAUUACCGUGAAGCUGUAGUGUUCAAACUUUUUAAGUGUGUCAACCUCAAGGAAAAGUCAUGAAUACAAGGUUUCUAAGUUUGUGAAAUUAACAUUCUCACAAGAUUUGCUUGUUGAAGAAGAUUUUCCGAAAGUCCGAGAUAAAUAUAAGUCAAGAGUCAUUCUAAUUUUUUUGGAAAUUACAUCGUCAACAUGACUAAUCUCAUACAACUUGUUGUCAGCAAUUAUAAUGAAAUUUUAAAAAAUGUUAGAGAUCCGAUGGUAGAUAGUUGGCCUUUAAUGGAAUCUCCGGGUCCUAUGUUGUGUAUCAUCGGUACAUAUUUGAUAUUCGUCUUAAAAGUGGGACCAAAAAUGAUGGAAAAACGACCAGCCUUUCAAUUGAAUACCGUUAUGAUCUUAUAUAACGGACUUCAAGUAUUAUUCAGUAUUUGGCUGACAACUUUGAUAUUAGACGUCAAUUUUAAAAAAGUGUUUUUUGCUCAUGGAUGUAAUGUUCAAAAACAUUUGUUACCUAAUUCACAAACCACAAAUGCACAAGCGAUGUCACGAGGUGCUUGGUGGUAUUUUUUCUCAAAAAUUACCGAGCUUCUUGAUACGGUAUUUUUCGUUUUGAGAAAGAAGCAAAAUCAAAUUAGUUUUCUUCAUGUUUUUCACCAUUCUAUAACGGCUGUGUUCUCAUGGGCCUAUUUGAAAUUCCUGCCUGGUGAGCAAGGCGUUGUCAUUGGUUUUUUGAAUUCUAUAGUCCAUAUUAUUAUGUACAGUUAUUACUGUAUUGCGGCUCUUGGUCCUAAGUACAGAAAAUACCUCUGGUGGAAAAAAUAUAUGACUUGGAUUCAGCUGGUGCAGUUUGCUUUAAUGUUAGUCUACCUAGUACUAACAUUAAUCUUUGAUUGUCGAACACCAAAAGCUCUGACUUAUUUCUUCAUGACAGUUGUAAUUAUCUUUAUGUAUCUAUUUAGUGACUUUUAUCGUCAAGCGUAUCAAAAGAAAAUAAUUUAAUGAGGAAUGCUUAAUUUUGAGAAUAAUAAACAAAUAAGAAAAAAAUAAU